UCAUUAUUCUUCUGAAGAUAUAACUCCACCCAACAACCUUUUAUCCCGUCCCGUCGUCAACGCAACGCAACGCAACGAGCAACGAGCGACAAGCAACAAGCAACAAAUUCCGAAUCCCGCAAACCGUUUUCUCUGAGUCUCUUCCCUCCUUUUACUUUUUCCUAAAACAAACCGACUACGAGGACGAGGACGAGGACGAAAAUCAUAAAACAUUACCUGUGCAACCACGUGUAAAAGAUUGCCAUUUCGAAAAAUAGAUCCCACGUUUUGAUCCUCUGUCUCUGCAGACAUUCUUGCGACACUACUUCUAAAAUAUCCCAAAUUAAAUUCUACGACAGAGAGCACCGCAUUGCCUGCUGCAUUUACUGAUCUGCCUACCCACCUGCAUAUCAUAUCAUCAUCCUGCAAGUUGCCGAAGCUCAACCAAUCCAUGCUCACGCAUUCUCCCAAGCUUACUGCACCGCAAUAUUUCCCACACACAGACAUUCAUCCAUGCAGGAUUAGCUCCUUACCAAGCAGUAGCUCCUAGCAAACAGUUUAGAUAUACAUCGUACACAACAUCUUCCACAACCUUUUCCCGACAUUCUUUUUCAACUAACUUCACAUUACAUACAUUAACGAUCCCGUCCUGCGUACUGCGUGGAAUUUUCGAUACAUUAUCUUCCUAGAUUAUCUUUGCCUUCCAUCAUAUCAGAUCAUCGGCGAAGUCAAAAGAUUGGGUGUGAGGAAACGAGGAGGUGAAAGCAAGCCACCAAAAUACAACUUAGUGUAGCCUCGGAACCCAGCUUGAGACAAGGUCUGGAUACACAACAUACUGUCCAUACACUCCUUUUGGGUAAUACGCCGUACGUGCAACCUUGGUUAAAGAUUGGAUGAACAGUACGUGAAGGAGAAAUAGAGGGGUGUCUUUUAAUUUUGAAUCCGAUUCCUUCGUCGUCCAUUCAUCGUGCCAGAAUCCCUAAACACUCUCGUCGUUUGUACUGAGAAUAGUCAUCUUUGCGAGAGUUUUGUCUUCUUGUCAGUUGUUUAUCUCAUCUAUCUCGACGUCGCGUUCCGCACGCCGCUAUUCAUUGCUACCUCUCUGAGGCUUUAUAUUCUUCGUUGCCGCACCAUACCACGUAUGCUAUCGCUUCAGUAACGCCACGGCUUCUCUCGUUCACCAAUCGACAUCAUGACGACCUCGAAGAUAUUGCCCUUGAGUUUAGGCUUUCUAGCAUUGGCAAGUGAAACUGUCAUGCUUACCUUUAACAUUAUCUUUUCAGUCACCAUUUCGAAACAUCAUACGCCAAACAAAGCAAGCGUAUUAUCUUACGUCGCGUCUGGUCUUGGAGCUGUCACAGAAGCAUUACUUGUGCUACUGGUCAUCAGACAGGUCAGGUACCAAAACCACAUUCAAGACCGUGGAAAUGGACGGCUACGAAUAUAUCUUUUUGCCGGACUCACCUCCAUAUUUACUAUAUUAUCGGCGAUAGCCACAGCACUGUCAUUGAGCUUUAUGAGACAGGAUUUGUCUUUGCUUCCAACGAAGAUUCUGUCCUCCCAAGCGCAAUCGAUGACGGUGGGCGGAUUCAUUAUAUGGGCGAUAUCGUUGGCUUCACAAGCCAUAUUUCUCAUUUGUUUAGUGGUCAUUCAAAGGAAAGACUUUCAUCAACAGAUUCAACCAUAUAUCACUGAAUCAGAACGACACACCUCAUCAGAAAUGCAGCAACGAUCACAACCUCAAAGCAUGCACGAUGGAUACGAUUAUGAGAGAAACAGCUCAAUAGAAAAGACUCAAUGGUCAAUUGGUAGCAGAUCCCGCUCGGGAUCAGAUCCAAAGCGAUCGAUAGGCUCGAUUCGGUCGUCAAUUUCUAAUGUUGUACGCCCAAUCACUUCGAAGAGUCGACUUAUCCAUUCCAACAGUCAACGCAGUAACAAUUUUCGAGCACCUUCUAUCGAUUCGGCUCAGCGCGAAACGAUUGUAUCGAUCGAGGACGACUUUGAUUCAUGGAAUACUUCAGGUGUAGAUGCGCAAUCUAGACAAGUUAUCGAAUCAGCUUCACCUAGCCCUCCAAGAUUUCUUGAAACAAUCCCUGCUAGUCCCACUGGCAGUAGAAGUCCAAGUCCAGGUUUCCCAUUAGAUCUUGAACCACCAAGGCCAGCAAGAAAUGGAAGUUACAGUCCAGCAGGGAGUAUCAGGAGUGGGAAGUCUGUUUAUCGAGCGAGGACAGGAGCGAUGAGUCCUGAGAAUACAAAUGAAGAAAACAUUCAUCCUUUAUUUAGAUCGGACUCUCCGAGUCCAGCACCAGCCGCAACAGCCGAAACAAUGAUAACAGCUGCUCCAGGAACUGGAUCAAUUACCUUAUCAGAUGUUCACAGCAUUCGUUCAAUAAAUCGAUUGAGAAGUGAAAGUCUGCCUCCACUCAUGCAUAACGCCAGUCUGGAUAGCAUCCGACGAGCAAUAGAAGAGGAGGACAUGGAAAUAUCUCUAGAAAUCGAAGGCGAACGUAGCCUAACACCACCCAUACCGGAAUGGAUAUUAGGAGCUGGACCACGAUCCAGCAUGUCCGAGUACAAUCGCAAAAAAGGCACAUCUCUGAACAAGAUAUGACGACCGAAUACGAUGAGAACAUUGGGCUAUUAGAAAAUGGGAGUUGGGGAUAAUCAAAAAUAAUGUUUGAUAUAAAAAAAAGCUUCCAUGGAGGGGAGGAGAUGGAAUGGGAUGGAAAGGUGGCCGCGCAUACACUGACGAAUUUCUUUAAACUCUUAUAAUGCGGGCUUGGGAAUGUUCAUGAUGAAAGAGAUACCAUUUUUGAUUUUUUGUUUGGGUGUGGCAUUUUGGGCUUGGCUUGGCCAGGAUUGGAUUGAAUUGACUUGAUUUGAGCUAAGAAUUCUUAAAUAUAUCUUAAAUCUUAACGAAUUAAAUGA